UUCCCAGUUGAUUUUUGCCUCAGUUUGUAACUGGGGACAGUAAAGAUGGCGCCGAUGCAGCCAGUGUGUAUGAUAGCCCGAGAAGAUGACGACGAUUAGCUCAUUAACUCUUUUCGGCAGUGAAGUGUUUUCAGUGUAAACUUUAUUCAAGAGACUUCUAACUCCGGGUGAAUACUUAAUCAACGUCAUAAGACUGAAAAGAGUCACAGAAGACUGCUACCAUGGAGGACAUCAAUUCAAAUAUAAACGCAGACUUGGAAGUGCGGAAGCUCCAAGACUUGGUGAAGAAACUCGAACAGCAGAACGAACAGCUCCGGAGUCGGUCGUCUUUACUCUCUUCGACCGGUGGGAUGUCAGCGAACACAAGACCUCUAAGCGCAGGAUACGACUCGCCCUUGACGGGAGCGGCGGCAGCGCUGGCCGGCUAUACUGGGGUGGGGUUCGGUGGAACGAGGGGCUACGGCGGGCUAUCGGAAAACUCCCGUUGUUUGAGCCCCAGGCUGUCAUAUCCUGGAAUGAAUUAUGGGGGUUCAUACGAUAGCGACGGUGCUUGGGCUGCCAUUGGCACUGGUGUCACUUCAUAUGAUAACGACACUGGGGAUUUUUAUAAAGACGAGGAAACUUCAAUACUUGAUGAAGUGGAAAUCCUCGACCUAGAGGACAUGGAUUGUCUGAACGAAGACGACGACAGCUGGCUGUAUGAGACCAAACUGAACAGCCCGCUGCAGAAGGCCCUCAGCCCCAUGGUGUGGUGUCGCCAGGCCCUCGACAACCCCAGCCCAGAGAUGGAGUCUGCCAAACGCUCACUCAUCCACAGACUAGACCUCACCAUGUCAGCCAACAAGCGCCGGAGUCUGUAUGGAAACGCCUACAGCCCACAGACAGGCUACGGCAGCCCCUAUGGGACAAACGCGGCCAACAGCCCGUACAGCAGCGGCUUCAACUCGCCCUCCUCCACGCCCUCCAGAGUGCCCGUCGUCAAGCAGCUGGUGCUGCCCAGCAGCGCGGGCCACCAGCGGAACUCAGCCGAUAGGAACCCCCCUCCGGUGAGCCCCCAGUCGUCCGUGGACAGCGAGCUGAGCACCUCCGAGAUGGACGAGGACUCCGUGGGUUCCUCCACCACCUACCGCCUGAACGACGUCACGGACGUACAGAUCCUGGCCCGCAUGCAGGAGGAGAGCCUGCGUCAGGAUUAUGCGGCGAAUGCGUCCCGGCGCAGCUCGGGCUCGUCCUGCCACUCGCUGCGGCGCGGCGGCAGUGCCUUCAGCGACCAGGAGCUGGACGCCCACAGCCUGGAGGACGAGGAGGACGCCCCCGGGCACCUCCCUGCUGCCUACUCCCACCACCACCACACCGCCCUGCCUGUGGGGGGCGCCAGCCGCUUCAGCCCCUCGCCCCGCCACUCGCCCCGCGCCUCGCCCCGCUCCCGCUCCCCGGCCUCCCGCCCCACCCACGACAUGUCCAACCACGGCAGUCGCGCCUCCCCUCAGCCCGCCAGCAGCAGCAGCCGGCUGCAGCAGCCUCGACACUCUCUCCAGGGGCACACCCAGGGCCACGCCCAGGACCCGCAGGCCAACGCCAUCAAGAACGAAGACAAGCUGAGGCGGAGCCUUCCGAACCUGACGCGGUCCAGCCCGGCCCACAGCCCGGCGCCGCCCGAGCCCGUCAGGAGCAGCAGGAGCGUGGAAUCCAACCUGCAGGUGCCCAACGGAGGCUCGCCCCGCCACCAGAGCCAGUCUGCCAAAGCCCAGCACCAAAGGUACUCCGCCCCUCCUGCCCGCCCCUCCCCGAAAACCAAACAGCUCCUCCAGAGCCCGUCGUCUCUACGAGUCUCCUCUCCCAGCAAGCUCCGGACCCCGGCCACGCCCUCGCCCCUGGCCCUGAGGCAGCCGGUGAAGGCGGUGUCCAAUCCUAGCCCGGGCUCUUCCACUAGCUCCACCCCCACCCGCUCCCUGGGCCCCCCCGUCCGUAGCGCUCUGCCCCGCCCCAGUGGCUCUGCAGGCGGAGGCAUCCCUGUGCCCCGCAGCAAGCUGGCACAGCCUGUACGCAGGUCUCUGCCGGCCCCUCGCACGUACAGUGGCAUCAGGGAUGAGAGCUGGAAGGAGGGCUGCUAUUGACUGCACAAGAACAACCCCCCCUCUUCCCUUCCCCACCCUGAGACACAAUAAUGCUGCACUUUAGCAAAAACUAAAUACAUGUCUAAGACAGAGAAGAUAAGAAAAACGGAAGAAAAUGAACUCAGACUGAAUUAAACAAAUCCAAAACAAACAAACAAACAAACAAACAAACAAAUAAAUAAAUAAAUAAACAGAGAAAUGAAUAUUUCCAUUCAAUCAUGAGGUUGUGGAACGGGGGACAUGGUAGCGGCAGACAGGCCAGAGCAUGCCAAAGAAAACCAGCAGAGCUCCGGACGCCAUCGCCACCAGGGGGCGCCAUUGCUAAACAGAUAGCGCCCGCUGUGCCAUCAGGUUGCAAAGUAACUAAUAAACAUCGACCCCUCUCUCUCUCUUCUCUCUCUCUCUCAUAUAUCCCUCCUCCUCUGAUGUGUUUUUCCUGAUGUCAUGUCUUCAUCAGAAAAGACUCGCCUUUCAUCUCUCGUCGGGGUGUUUUGCUGAGGGGAUUCACGUGGGCUCUAAUGUUCCAUGAACGUUGUGAUAUGGUUGGCCUUAUUGUUUGCAGUUGUUGAAUGCGUGCCGUGGAGGCUGUCGUGAAAUCGUUUUCAUAGCAGGUUUCCUUCUGCAAGAAUGUGUUCAUAUCUAUGUGACAAUUAUUUAUUUGAAAUUGAUAUUUAAACAAAAAAAAGAGCUUUCUUUUUUUUUGCUGUUUUAUUUCAAAAUGUAAUCAUGUUCAGUAUUCUCUUUUUUUCGUACAUUUUUCAUAUGAAUUAUUUUUGUAAUGCUGAAUUUGAACCUCACUUCAAAGCUAAUUCUCCAAAGCGUUUGGAAUGGACUCACCUGUAAGAAAUGUGUGUG